AUGAAAAUUAAUAACGCUAUAGCUAUUCGUCUUGUUCAUCAAAAUAGUUCAGAACUUACUGAAAAUCUUCCAGCUAUACUUAAAUUAUGUGAAUGGAUUACAUUAAAUACAACAAAUUUAUCACAAGUAGAAAAAUCUACUUUGUUUAAUUUUUGUCAGAUGCCAAUUGAUCGAAUAUUAGCACCAAAAAUGAAACAAGAUUUAUUAAUCAAUAUGAUGAAAUAA